GGGCGCACAUGCGCAGUCGGUGGGAGUCGCGGUUGAAAACGGGCAGCUAUGCCGCGCGCUUGCAGAGAUCGAGCUGGACGCGUCCGCUUAGAGCAACGGCCGCUGCACCGGAGGACCGACCCGGGGACCGCUGCACCGGGAGGCUGCUGACAGGCGACCGCUUUCCCCCGGGGGAUAACCCUCCUUCCCUGAGAACCGCGGCCGAGGAAGAGGAGGAGAGCGCGCUACACGAAUCCCUUUUUCUCUCCCCCCCUCCCUCCCUGCCUCCCUGCGCCUCAAACAUCUCCUCAGCUUUGAUUUCAGCCCCGCCAGGAGAAGAUAAGCACGGAGACAGCCGAGAUGUUGCUGCUAAACGUCUAGGAUUUGUCCCCGUGAGUGUAGGCGCGCGUGCAUCGCCUGCGAAUUAAAGCUGCGCGCGGACAGCGAGCUACGACGACGACGACGAGGAGGACGACGACGGGCUUCACUAUGGUUUUAUUGGCUCUCCGCAGCGGGAGAUGUCUUAAUAGUCGCUGUAUGGGGACGUUAUGCUUGCAGUUGUUGCUGUGGAUUUUAUGCGCCGUGAACGGAGAGGAGCAGCCGUUCAGCGUGGAGGCGUGGCUCCAGAGGUAUGGCUACCUACCUCGUGCAGACCCAAGAAUGUCAGUGUUGCGUUCAGCCAGAGUCAUGCAUUCUGCUAUCGCUGCCAUGCAGCGCCGCUACGGCCUAAACGUCACAGGGAGUCUGGACAGCAACACUAUAGAGGAUAACACCAUAAGGUGGAUGAAGCGGCCCAGGUGCGGGGUUCCCGACGAGCUCGGCGGUGCGUCCAGAUUCAGUGUCAGGAAAAAACGAUACGCCCUCACGGGCCAGAAGUGGCAACAUAAACAUAUCACAUACAGCAUAAAGAACGUGACACCCAAAGUGGGCGCCGAUGAGACCCACGACGCCAUCCGGCGAGCCUUCGACGUGUGGCAGAGCGUGACGCCGCUGCGCUUCGAGGCCGUGCCCUACAGCGAGCUGGAGAGGACCAAGAAGGACGUAGACAUCACCAUCAUCUUUGCUUCGGGUUUCCAUGGCGACAGCUCCCCCUUUGAUGGAGAGGGGGGCUUCCUUGCCCAUGCGUACUUCCCGGGGCCGGGGAUUGGAGGCGACACGCACUUCGACUCCGAUGAACCGUGGACGCUGGGCAACCCCAACCACGACGGUAACGACUUGUUCCUGGUAGCUGUCCACGAGCUCGGCCAUGCACUGGGCCUGGAGCACUCCAACGAUCCCACAGCCAUCAUGGCUCCAUUCUACCAGUACAUGGACACAGACAACUUCAAGUUGCCCAUGGAUGACCUGAUGGGAAUCCAGAAGAUUUACGGGCCCCCUGAUAGGAAUCCCCAGCCCACCAAGCCUUUGCCCACGGCGCCCCCUCCGCGCUCCCAUCCUCCCUCGGACCCCCGCAAACCAGACAGGCAGACGAGACCUCCGAGGCUCCCCCCGGGAGACAGGCCGUCCCACCCCAACUCCAUACCGAACAUCUGCGACGGAGACUUCAACACCGUGGCCAUACUGAGGAGAGAAAUGUUCGUCUUCAAGGACCACUGGGUUUGGCGGAUGAGAGACAACUCCGUGUUGCCGGGAUUCCCCAUGCUCAUCAGCGUGUUCUGGAAGGGGCUGCCGUCAAAGAUAGAUGCCGUCUACGAGAACAGCGAGGGCAAGUUUGUCUUCUUCAAAGGAAAGCAGUUCUGGGUAUAUAAGGACACAAAGUUGGAGCCUGACUACCCAAGGGACAUCACCCAGUUCAGCCACGGCAUGCCUUCCCAGAGCAUCGAGACUGCAGUGUGGUGGGAGGAUGUGGCCAAGACCUAUUUCUUUAAAGGAGACAGGUACUGGCGCUACAACGAGGAGAAGAGAACCAUGGACCCUGGCUAUCCAAAGUCCAUCUCAGUGUGGAAGGGGGUCCCCGCUUCACCACAGGGGGCCUUCGUUGACAAAGCCCAUGGGUUUACUUACUUCUACAAAGGAAAGGAGUACUGGAAGUUCAACAACCAGUUGCUACGAGUGGAGCCGGGAUACCCACGCUCGUUCGUCAAGGACUUCAUGGGCUGCGACCGGAUGCCCAGGGACCCCAGGCGCCCGCCGGCCGAAGACGGCAACUCGGACGUGGUGAUCGAGCUGGACAACGAGGCCAGCACGGUGAAGGCCGUAGCCAUCGUCAUCCCGUGCGUGCUCGCGCUGUGCCUGCUGGUGCUGAUCUACACUGUGGUGCAGUUCAAAAGGAAGGGCACGCCGCGCCACAUACUGUACUGCAAACGCUCCAUGCAGGAAUGGGUCUGAGCCGCUAAGAGACUAAAAGGGAGCGGGACGAGCUGGGACGCUGGCAGAAGAAGAAGAAGAAAAAAAAAAAAAACAGGACAACAGCCGUCACUUUUACGGGAGGAGGACAGCUGACUGUGGAGCGCUUUAUUAAAAACCACAGCCAUGCCUCCUUCUCUCUGGUGGUCUGAUUCUUUUGUUCAGACCUGCAGAAGCAGCCAGACGCUCUGACUGACCGUGAUUCAGGAGAUCCCAGAACCUGACCGUGACUUUGUCAGCCCCCGGCCUUUUUAACAACACGGGGGCGGGAGGACCAGAACGGACCUCUGGCCCCAGACGAAGAAAAAAAACAAAACAGAACAGAAAAAAAAAAGAGAACAAGAAAAAGCAAGAGGGUCAGCAUCACUUUGUAUCUCUGAAACUUGACUUCCUGUCCCGUUCUUUUUUUAUUUUUCUGCCCUAUCUGCUUUCAGUCAGAGGGGGGACUUUUUUUUUGGUGGGUGGGGGGUGGGCACACACUCUUCCCACAGGACACUGUAUUGUCGUCUCUCAUAUCAGGUUGUUGGGAAAACAGCAAUUUUCUAUUAUCUUGAUGGUCCUCCCAAAUCCCCCCCCCCCCAUCAAGAACCUUAUCACCUUGUUACCAAACAUCAAACGCCUUCCUUUAUUUUAGUUCUUUAAUUUGAAGUUUUGAGGAAAUAGAUUUGAUCUGAGAAUGGAAGUCCUCAGCCGUCCCUUUAAGAAACUCCUGAGACCAAACGAAACCAAAAGAAGUUCCUUUCUUUCCAAAGAGGAUCAGAUUUGUUUUUUUUUUUAUUAUUUCGUGGUUGUUCUCAUUUUCGUUUGAUUCCUUCCCUUCUCUGGAUCCUUGCAGCGAUGAAGAGUCGGGGAGCUCUGACUGUUGUGGCAGUCUGUUUGAGACACAGGGGCCAAAUGAUUCUGCAAUAUUUUUUAACUCGCCUUAAAUUUAGAGCAAACGACUUGUGCUUGGUCUUACUGUUCCUUGGUUUUUAUCUUUUUCUCGUCUUGCUCUUGUUUUAUUUGUAUAUUGCUUUUUUGUUUUUGUUUGUUUGUAAAGAAGCUGAAAUAAGUGCUUCUCGUGAUUGGUAUUUUCUGGAUUUUAUUACACUACGCAGAAUAAUCAGCACUGGUUUGCUGAGCCAUUCUGGACACUAUAUACAGUAGGUUCGGCCUGUAUUGCGAGUAAUGUAUUGUAUUGUUGGAAGGUUCUGGAGUAAAGCCACUAUUUCUGUGUUAAGAUAUUUGUUACUGUUAAAUUUUUUUUAUUAUUUCUUCCAUAGGACAAUAGCAGGCUGACGGCAGCCCGGGUCUCACUGAAUUUGUCUUUUUGCCCAUUCCCUUCAGUUUGAUCAAGUGUUUCUUUUUAAACGGUUGUUGUGUGAGGUCAUCUGUGAACAGAUUUGUUUUUUUUUUUAAAGUUGACUGCCUUGUUUGAGAGAGCUCAGAGUUCCAAGAAUGCUUUUUGUCUUGCAGCAUAGGACCCACAAAGCGAGACGAGUCAAGAUCAGUGCCUGUGUCAACAUGCAUGCAAGCAUUUACUGUACAAACAACCGGUUCUGCUCUACGCGGCUUCAGAACCCCUCUUUGAAGGAACUUUUCUCUUGAAAAUGCUGUUAUUUUUGUACCUUUUCAGUGUGUCCCAGCUCCCAUACCGUCCCCUUUUCUAGGUACAAAAAGUGAAAAAAAUAAAUAAAAAUAUUCAAGAGGUACCUUUUGGGAUUUAUUCAGGAAAUCAGAUGAUCGGGGAGUCAAAUUGGCCUCAGCAGUCUGCGAGCGAGCGAGCAGCGCCCUCGCUGUCAUUGCGAGCGUUCUUUUGAAUGUGUGUCCGUUUUCAUGCUCACGUUCUGGUUUUCUUUCUUCUUCUUUUUUUUUUUUUUUCUCUGGUCCAAUUGGAUGUCUCACAAUGGUUUCUUUGUGUAAGACUGUGGGACAAAUAAAAAAAAAAAGGAAACCAUGUCCUGACUGAAUGAAUAAACUGAUCAAUAUACGAUGAAAA